UGACAAUCAACAUAAAAACUUUAUUUAAAGAAUUUGGAUAAUACGGAAAGUUGGGGAUGAAUGGUAAAGACGAUGCAGCGGUAGGCGAUGAUGAGGCGCCCUACUGAAAUACUUCAACGAUUCGCCAAGAAUCAAAUUUCAUUUGCGUAUAGAAGACAAAUCAAAGAACGCGGCGUUCACUUUGGGGAUGAGAUGAAUUGUAAUUUGUAAACACGAGACAGCGAGAGGCGCUGAGACGCCCUAAGCGUAUCUCGAAUAAAUCAAAGAAAAUUACCUUUCCUGGUUAAUCCAUUUCAAAACAUAAAGAAUCAUCCAAAACCCGCAUUAGAUUCGACGCAAAUACAAUAUAUUUUUUUGACUUAUAACUCGAUUGGCCAAGGGGGUUUUUGUUCGCGGUGGCGAUGGUGGCAGAAGAUGGAGGAGAGGAGAGCAGUAGUAAUGGAUCAAAACCCAAGAAAUCAGAAAUGUUGGCGAUUCACUCCUCCUACUGGUUGACGAAUUUCCCUAGAGAUCUGAUGGCAGGGGCAAUGAUGGGUGGAAUGGUGCACACGGUUGUAGCUCCAAUUGAGAGGGCAAAGCUUCUAUUACAAACCCAAGAAAGCAACAUCGCCAUUGUUGGAGGGAAGCACAGGAGGUUUAAAGGUAUGAUUGAUUGCAUUGUCCAUACGGUUAAAGAAGAAGGGGUUUUAUCACUUUGGAGAGGUAAUGGCAGCAGUGUUCUUCGUUAUUACCCUUCUGUUGCCCUCAAUUUCUCUCUCAAGGAUCUUUAUAGAAGCAUCUUACGCAGCAACAACAACUUCCAACAAUCUACAUUCUUAUCGGGCCCAUCAACCAACUUCAUCGCGGGGGCCGCAGCCGGGUGCACGACGUUAGUGAUCAUCUACCCGCUAGACAUCGCGCACACCCGCCUGGCAGCCGAUCUCGGGAGAAUCGAUUCCCGACAAUUUCAAGGCAUCCGCCACUUCCUCACCACGGUGUACGCGAAAGACGGGGCCCGCGGGAUCUACAAAGGCCUCCCGGCCUCCCUUCAGGGCAUGGUGGUCCACCGUGGGAUCUAUUUUGGUGGAUUUGAUACCAUAAAAGAAAAAAUGUCACAAGAUGGUGAAGUCGCGUUGUGGAAGCGCUGGAUUGCAGCCCAAGGGGUGACCACGUCAGCGGGUCUUUUGUCGUACCCGAUGGAUACCGUAAGGAGGCGGAUGAUGAUGCAAUCGGGUAUGGAGCGACCCAUGUAUAGAAACACUUUGGAUUGUUGGAAAACGAUUUAUUUGACUGAAGGGGUUCGGUCGUUUUAUCGGGGGGCGCUUUCGAAUAUUUUUAGAAGUACAGGGGCUGCAGCCAUCUUGGUGUUGUAUGAUGAGGUGAAGAAGUUUAUGGACUGGAGUGGAUCAUAGCAGAAAGUUGUAGGAGAGAGAGAGAGAGAGAGAGAGAGAGAGAGAGAGAGAGAGAGAGAGAGAGAGAGAGAGAGAGAGAG